AUGGCCUUCCUCUGGAUCCUCUCUUGCCUUGCUUUGGUUAGCGCAGCUUACGGCUGUGGCUCCCCUGCUAUUCAGCCUGUUGUCACUGGUUACUCCAGAAUUGUGAACGGUGAGGAGGCAGUGCCUCAUUCCUGGCCCUGGCAGGUGUCUCUGCAGGACUACACUGGUUUCCACUUCUGCGGUGGCUCCCUGAUCAACGAGAACUGGGUUGUGACUGCUGCCCACUGCAAUGUGAGGACAUCCCAUCGUGUCAUCCUCGGAGAGCAUGAUCGCUCUUCCAACGCUGAGGACAUCCAGACCAUGAGGAUCGCUAAGGUCUUCAAGCACCCCCGUUACAACAGCUACACCAUCAACAACGACAUCACCCUCAUCAAGCUGGCCUCCCCCGCCCAGAUGGGCCUCCGUGUGUCUCCCGUUUGUGUGGCUGAGACCAGCGACAACUUCCCCGGUGGCAUGAGGUGUGUUACCUCUGGCUGGGGCCUGACCAGACACAAUGCUCCUGACACUCCCGCCCUGCUCCAGCAGGCCUCUCUGCCCCUGCUGUCCAAUGAUCAGUGCAAGCGUUACUGGGGCAACAGGAUCUCUGACCUCAUGAUCUGCGCUGGAGCAUCUGGUGCCUCCUCUUGCAUGGGUGACUCUGGUGGUCCUCUGGUGUGUGAGAAGGCUGGAGCCUGGACUCUGGUUGGUAUCGUGUCCUGGGGCAGCGGCACCUGCACCCCCACCAUGCCCGGAGUGUACGCCCGCGUCACCGAGCUCCGUGCCUGGAUGGAUCAGAUCCUUGCAGCUAACUAG